CCUUCACAUCUCACCACUCGCCUAUUGGAUAAAUUGGGCCCUAGGUUGCCCUAGGUUGCCCUAUGCGGUAGGUGCGUGCUCUGUGCUGUCGUGUGCAGACCCUACCGUAACGCGUAAAUUGUAUAUUUUUUAAUAAAAUUCAAGUAUCACCGGUUAUGCAUAAACGAAUAUCUAGAAACGUUACCCUAGCGUGCGUGAAUGAUUAUCGCAGUAGGAAAGUACAGUAAAAAAAUACGUGAGUGAUCGUCGGCAUUGGGAAAAGAAAUUAAAAUCGAAUCUUCACAGCAAGUGUAUCAUGGCCAAAAGAAGUUACAACAACUCGGCCGGAAGGCGGGCCCACGGAGAAAAACCCUACGAUCCCAACAACUCUUUCGUAAAGAAAAUGGCUACAAAAAUGACAGAUUUCAUCCCCCAACGUUUGUGGAUCAGCAAGUGGUUCAACUCUCCGACGAGCAACGGUGAUUUUUCCAACGAAGACACUGAGGGUCUUGAUGACGUGGGCGAGUCAAUGAUUCAACCCCCAGCAAAACGCCCUCGAAUUCGAAUGGACGUGACACAUCCCCCAGGAACCUUCACAAUCCAACCGAGGACUAGGAGCUUGAAAGAUCAAUAUCCACGAGACGAAACUGUUGAUUUUUUAGAUUCAGAGACAGCUGGCCCAAGCGGCACUCGUUCAUUUGUUGCCUCCACUCCAGCUUUCUCCAAGACAAUGAUGAACUCGAAUUUGUUGCAAUCAGAUUUAGUCCGACAGCAGCAGAAUAAUGGAACUGCAAAUGGAAUAGAUGAAAAUUCAGAAUCUGGGGAGAGCACGAGUGGCUGCAGCUCCCUCAUACCACAGGCGUCUCGUCAAGAGGUUCUCAGCCAAUUUCAUCGAAAAGGACUGGUAGAGGAUAAAUUGUCGUAUACAAAUCAUUUGCAAUCCCCUCGAUCUCUGUUCAUCGACAGUAUCUCAGCUCAAAGGGAAUCCUUGAGCUCCAGGAGACCAAGCUUCAAUGUCUCUAUGGUGAACAAUGAAGGCCACCCUCUGGAGAGGGCUGGAAAUGUGUUGUUGUCGCCAUUCUACAGUGGAAAUAUAACAUUUGGAGGUGCUAAUGCUGCUGGCACAAGUGCAAUUAGGCAGAAUCGUAGAAAUCUGGCAGGGACCAGCGAAUUCCAAUUGAGAGUCCCUAGGAGAUCAUCGGUCCAAGUAAAACCCUCAAAUGCACCGAGUGUUGACUCAUCAGGAAUGAGUCAAACCGCCAAGAGAAUUUUGGAGGCAUUGGAGCACUUUUCCUCCCCCAUAUCAGACGCCAAAAAAAUACCAAUGAAGACACCAGGCCUCAAUUCUUCCCUGGCAAAGAAAAGAGGUAGAGAUGAGGCUUUUGAUCAACCCCCAACAUCCAGAGUGGGAUUAAGACAUUUAACCAGGGAACUUGCAGUGCCAACAGUGCCAGACAUGCUCAAGUUAAAGAGAAGACAGAGAUUACAAGACACAACUCUUGCUGCUAGGAGAAUUAUCACAGCUCACAGUGGGCCGCCUCUACAAACCCCAGCUUCUACUAAUCAAGAGACCUCGGAGUACCACUUGAGGAGUGAAAGUGACAGUCAAAAGUUCUUUGGUAAACUCAGGACAAAGGGAAAGAAAAAACCAGACUUCGAGGAGGCACCUGAAGUGGUUAAUUUACCGAGUAUAUCCUUGCCCAUCACCAGUCUACCAACCUUCGACAUCCCCCUGCCAAAACCUAAUUAUUCAACCACCAAUAUGACAGCAGCAGUCGAAUUCGAGUCGUCCUCAUCGCCGAGCAAGACAUUCAAAUUCUCAAGUCCUAUUAAAUUGCAAAAUGAUAACACUAGUCCAGUUACAUCAAUCAAUCGCUUCACAUUUUCCAAGCCCUUGAGUCCAGAUUCGAGCGAUAGGAGUGUGAAUCAAGCAUGGCAGACACUUAGCACUCCUAGCACUGCUUCAAACUCAGUGAGCCUGAGUUUUGGAUCAAAUCAGACAACUCCAGCGACGAACUUCAUGUGGUCGGGAUCAUCAACAGCUCCAAGACGCAAGGAUGCAAAACAAGCUGAAAAGAAACAGAAGAAAGACGAGGUAGAAUUGAAAACUGGGAGUGUUCUCGAUGUUCUCAGUACCUUCACAAAAUCGUCGUCCGAUAUUUGGGAGUGCAGUGAGUGCUUCAUUAAGAACAAUCAGAGUGAGGACCACUGUGCUGCCUGCAAAAAUCCUAGGAAGAAGGAGACCUUUAACAACACUUCUUCACUAUCCACUAAUAUUCUUCCAUCAGGAUCGACCGAUACUCCAUUCGGCGCUCAAUUGAAGAUAUCAAGUGACAAAUGGGAGUGCCAGGGCUGUCUAGUGAGGUAUCCAACAACAGAGACCAAUUGUAUGUCCUGUAUGACACCGCAAGCGGAGACACCAGCAUUACCAACUGCAACACCAAUUCAAUCGGUUAAAUCUGAUCUCAUGGAGAAAUUCAAGCCUGCUAAGGACUCGUGGGAGUGUCCUGGGUGCAUGCUGAGGAAUCGCAGCGAGGAAAUCUCAUGUCCCUGCUGUCACGCUUCGAAACCAGGUCUGCUGAAGGCACCAGUUCCUGAAAAAAUUGAGGAAAAACCCGCUCUAUCAUCUUCAUUAAUUCGCACAAGCACGAGUAAAACGUGGGAAUGCCCUUCGUGUAUGGUGAGGAACGAGUUGAACGCAGCCACGUGCGUUUGCUGCACAACACCAAAUCCUCAAGCAGCCAGGAAACCUUCAGUAUCUUCAAUACCAACAACAAUUCCAACUAUACCAACUCCAGUUUCUGGAUUUGGAGACAAAUUUAAAGUUCCCACUGGCUCCUGGUCCUGUGACACGUGCAUGAUCCAGAAUAAAUCAGAAGUAAUAGAAUGUAUCGCGUGUGGAGCAUUGAAGCCUGGGGCAACCACAUCUAAAUCAAAAACCACUGGUAAUUCCCUCAAAAAUGACUCAGCACCCAAAUUCACCUUCGGAAUUCCCUCGUCGACAGCUUCAACCUUCCAGUUUGGCAUUCCUACCACCAGUAAACCAGAGGAGAAACCCAAAACCGAAGCUUCAACGAAUGGAUUCGUGUUUGCAUUGCCAACGAGCCAACCAAGUCAACCCAUGUUUGGAAUACCAGCAACUACUCAGGAGUCAACUAAGACAGCGAGCUUCACCUUCGCAGCUCCAAAACCCGUGGAACCCUUCAAAUCAGAGGAUAAAAAACCAGAGAUCCAGACGCUCUUCAGCAAUGUCAGUGAUACGAAAGUUGGAUUUAGCUUCAGCAAACCAGCCGAAACAAAGGGAGAAACUCCGAAAGAGCAGACACCAACUCCUGUUGUGGAGUUGGAAAAGCCAGAGCCUGUUAAAUCGAUCUCCUUCGGCGCACCACUAGCAACAUUAACAUCAGAGAGCCUUCAGAGUACUUCAGCUACAACAGUACCAGUUUCAAAUACAAGUUUAUUCACAUUCUCGACGCAGCCAGUAUCGACGACACAAUCAGCCCCAGUGCUCACAUUCGGACAAACGUCGGUGCCUAUGGCCCAAACAAUAACUCCAAGUGCAUCACAGGAAGCUCCAAAAACAUCUGAAACGUCUGAAGCAUCUAGGAAGCCAGUCAUGACAUUUGGCGAAUCAGAAUCCGCACCAGUGCUGUCACCACGCUUUGGUGACACCACUGCUCAGAACAAGCCAGUGAUGACGUUUGGUACAGUGAUUAAUAAUUCCGAGAAGUCUGCAUUUCCCGGGGAGAAUAAACUCCCCAGCUUCGGAACGAUCGAGCAGAAGACAUCAGUUUUUGGAAAUGGUGGGGAGAAGACCAUAUUUAACGCUCCAGGAGCAGGUUUUGGGGUUCCCCCAGUGGCCAAUACAGCUUCAUCUGUAAUUGCAACACCCACUACACCAGCUCCAUUGUUUGCAUCUUCUUCUGGUGCAGGGUCGAUCUUUGGGAAUACUGCACCGAAUUUCGGUACUCCCAGCUCGGCAGGUGCUCCCAUGUUUGCUUCUCCAAAACCAGCGGAGCCUGCCCCACCGGCUACUCCAGGAUUGUUUACAUUUGGGGCGACUUCUGGAGCACAAACAACGCCUCAGGCUAGUGGUGGUUUCAAUUUCUCUGGAAAUAGCGGAGCUAAGCCCGCAUUUGGCUUUUCUGAGACACAAAGUACACCACAACCUGUUGCUCAUAGCUUCGGAGGCUUUGUAUCGAUUCCACCGACAGUUAAUGCGGUGCAGGCCCCAGCUUUUGGCUUCAAUCAGCCUAAGAAUGAGGCUCCUUUGAGUUUUGGCCAGACUCCAAACACUGGCUCAAAUAUAUUUAAUAGCCAACCUUCACCUGCUAGCUCUUUCGGGACACUGAACUCUGAUACAAUGAGCUCUGGGAGUAAUACAGGAUUCAAUUUUGGAACUCCUGCUGCACCGCCAUCAGCUACUCCGAGUAUUCCAUCCUCCGCAUCGAGUUGUGGAGGACUUAAUUUCGUCGCGGCUGCUUCUGGAUUCAGCUUCAAUGCUCCUUCUCAACCGUCCUUCAAUUUUACGGGGGGCAAUGCACCACCUACUUUCAACGCCACGCCUCAAGCAGCUACAACCCCAACAACUAGAAAGAUAAAGAAAGCUGUUCGCAGAAUGCCUCCGCGGGCGUGAGCUUCACCAUUGGAUAAAUCAACCCGCUGCUACUAAUUUGGUGACCAAAUAAAAAAAAAUAUAUACGUACAGUAACUAAUUGACGGAGAGUCUAAUGAAAAAACUAAAAGGAAAGACUUGACGAAAUAAAGGUAUGGUGAAUGGUAGAAAGUUUGAUUGAAUAGUGGAAAUAAAGAGCCAAUGAUUGGCGUCAGGCGUUUGUAUAGUCGAUAAUUUCGUACUGAGUGGAAGAUGAUGCUCGAACAGGAUCCACCUGUGCCACGCGAAAAGGUUUAAGUAAAUAAUAGGACUAGCGAGUGGGAUUAAAAAAUCGGCGAAAAGAAAUUGGAAAUAAAUGGGACUGGGACAUGACGAAAACGACGACUGACAAUGUGAGAGUUAGACAAUGGCGUUUAUUAAGGUUCAAUGAAUAAACGAAAAAAAAAAAUGUAGGAGAAACAACAGUUGGAACUGUGUUCGAACGCCGGCGAUUUUAUAGACUUUGCUACGUUGGUGAAUAUGCAAAUAAAACGAAAAGAAGAAAAUAAAAAAAAAUAAAAUAAAAAUAUGAAUGAGGAAUAUGAAAUUGCGGGUAUGCUUGAUAAAAAGCGGUUUGAUACCCUGCUCAGGUAAGUAUAUAGGCCAUUCGCAACGCCACUCUCAACAAUUAUAUUCCUUCCCAUCACCCUUCCCUGUAUUUAAUUGUAAAAAUUACUUCAUUUGUUCUAUGAGAUAUCCACUGUCGGUUGCGUUAUUUAAUGAGAGGUAAAUAAAAAUCGAUUGAUUUUAUGUGAUUAAAUAAUGAGAUUUCUAGAAAAUCCAUGAUAAAUGUAUCCGACAGAGCAUUAUUUUGUCAGUUGUUUUUUUUUAAAACGGAAAUAAAUUGUUGCGGGAUGACGUUACGCUGCUAAUUUGCAUAUGGUGGUCUCGAGUCCACUAUAGAAGAGACAUUAAUUCAGUUAUACACCAAUAUUAUAUUUUAGUUAGGUAUCUCACUCACUCGAGGACAGUCUCACGUGAUUAAUUAUGUUAAAAAUGGUGAAUAAAAUAAAAUAAAAUAGCCGUGACACUGUGCCUGGGAGUUGAUAUUGAGAAUAAAGGAUUAAGAAUUAUUACAGGAGAAUGAAAAGUAAGCAAAAUAAAAGAGGGAUAUAACAUAAUUGACGAAAAUGGCAUUCGGAUAGUACAAAGAGAUACGAUUUCACCCAAUCGUUUCCAUUGAGUAGAUAAAAUUUUAUAUUUUUUUUAUAAUAUAAAAAAAUGUGAAGAAAAUCGAUGAAGAUAAUCCUAUUGAUAAGUGAAAAAAAAUACAUGAACUGAAUGCCAUUUUUGUGUUUAGAAUUUAAUAAAAGAAUAAUGAAAAUGAAUAACAAUGUUGAGUGUUUUACCGUAGGUAUCAGGUGUAUGAAUAUUAUUGAGUAAAUACAGGAACAGAAAUGAACAGACAAGUCACAUUUUCAGUGUGUAAUGUAAAAUAAUUGUUUCAAGAAUGAAAAAAAAUUAUGAAACAAAACAAAAGAAAGGGUCUUCGAACAUGUAUUCUUCAGUUUAUCUUUCUAAUUUUGUCUUUACACGUUUAUCUGUUAUAUUUUCACACGAUAGUUUAACACUCUUUCCAUUAUCAGCUGCGGUUCAAAUUUGACAUUAUUCAGAAUCGAAAAUCCAACAACUACAACUGAAGAUUCAUUCAGACUGCAAAGGUAAUAAAAAGUGAAAAAUGAAACAUUGUUAUUGUAAAAAAAAAAACGAAAAGACCAUCAUCUGUCAAAUUUGUCUUCUAGAAAAAAAAUGAAAAGGAAGAAGAAAGAUUCUCUUAAAUAAUAAAUAAGAAUGUAAAAGUCAA